CUAGCGACUUUAAUAGUAACAACAGGGCAGGGUAGAGUAGAAUUGUGGUUAAGGGUGAUUGACUGAUUGCCUGCCUUCGUUCCGCAGAUUCGAAUUUCCCGAGAGACAGUCGUUCAGAUUCCGCUUCUAUUUGCCGAAAACGCGAACGGAAGCCUGAAGCCCCAUGGAUGAGCGAGAGUUUCAGAAGGUGUUGGAGCUCUUCCCCGUUGUCCGAUCUCGCGAUUAUCACGCAGAAUUAGAUCCUUCAAGACCAUCAACUCAAUCUGGACAAAGUUCAGAGGUAAAAGAGUGGCAAGAUGGAUGGAACACUGAGGAUAGAAAAGAAGCAUUUUGGGGGAAAUUGAAGUCAGCUGCUGAGAAGAAGGUGGGUGCAGCUGAUGCUGAAAAUUUUUGCAAGGCGUUUCAACAAGUUUAUAAGAAACUAGUGUAUGAAGAAUUAACAUUGGAUGCUGCUAAGAAUAUUAUAAACUCAAGGUCUUAAUCAUAUAUAAAGAUGGCUGCUACUACUGCAUACAAGUCCCCAUCAAAACAUUGGCAUCAUGAUAUACUAUGAAUUUUAUGUUGAAGCAUUUGGGACUUUGCUCGAUUUCUGGCUGUGGAUAUGUACUAUAACAUGAUGUUUUUUGAGUAUUACAUAUUUUUGCAUA